AUGUCAAUCAGCCAGUGUAGUGGCAGCGCAAGAGGCUCACAAGAGUUCAGGUUCGAGAAGUCGCUGUAUGAUCUCAUUCGAGGUCUGCGGAAUCAUAAGGGCAAUGAGAAGGAGUACAUCCAAAACUGCCUUAAGGAGUGCCGCUCCGAGAUCCGCAGUCAAGACAUGGAUCUUAAAGCCACUGCAUUGCUCAAGCUCAUCUAUCUCGAAAUGUUUGGGCACGAUAUGUCGUGGGCUUCUUUCCAUGUUCUCGAGGUCAUGUCAUCUCCGAAAUACCAUCAGAAACGAGUUGGGUACCUCGGCGCUGUCCAGACUUUCCGGCCGGAUACUGAAGUAUUGAUGCUGGCUACCAACCUCCUGAAGAAGGACCUGACCUCGACUUCGACAAUCACCAUCUCUCUCCCGAUUGCUGCCCUUCCUCAUAUCAUCACUCCAUCCCUCGCUCUAUCAACGUUGACAGACUUGUUGCCGCGACUGACACAUUCGAACCCCGCGAUUCGGAAGAAGACAAUUGUGACGCUAUACCGUCUUGCGCUGGUAUACCCCGAGACACUACGCGCAGCAUGGCCUAAGAUCAAGGAUCGUCUCAUGGACCGGGAUGAAGAUCCGAGCGUGACAGCAGCCAUCGUCAACGUCGUUUGCGAGCUGGGCUGGAGGAGACCACAUGACUUCCUUCCUCUAGCACCUCGAUUGUUUGAGCUCCUCGUAGACGGCGGCAACAACUGGAUGGCGAUAAAAUUGAUCAAGCUGUUUGCUACUUUGACCCCCUUGGAGCCGCGCCUCGUUCGCAAACUCCUGCCACCGCUCACUGAAAUCAUAAGGACAACUCCUGCGAUGUCAUUGCUGUACGAGUGCAUCAAUGGCAUUAUUCAGGGUGGUAUCCUCGGGAGUGCAGAUGAUGUGUCAGGGAGAGAAGAAAUCGCGUCACUAUGUGUUACCAAGCUACGGGGUAUGAUAAUGACUGAUGGCGAUCCUAACCUCAAAUAUGUGGCUUUGCUCGCGUUCAAUAAGAUCGUGGUCACACAUCCAUAUCUCGUGGCGGAACAAGAAGAUGUCAUAAUGGAUUGCAUUGAUAGUCCAGACAUUACAAUCCGCAUCAAGGCUCUAGACCUCGUACAGGGCAUGGUCAGCAGUGACAAUCUUGUCUCGAUUGUGAGCCGCCUCAUGCGGCAGCUAAAGAACUCUUCUGGCAAGCAUACAGCUUCCAACGAACAAGACGCAGUGUAUAAUUCCGAUGAUGGGGCCGACGUAGCAAUCAACCCCUCUGCAAAGGAAGCCGAGCAGGCCCCGCCUUUACCAGAAGACUACAGGCUUGAUGUCAUCGGGAGGAUUCUCGAGAUGUGCUCUCAGAACAACUACAGCAGCUUGGUUGAUUUCGAGUGGUAUAUUGAUAUCCUAACCCAGCUCGUGCGAACAGCACCAAUUCCUCGUUCACAGGACGCGAAUCUUGAGCAAACAAUGGCAACAACGAAACUUUCGUCCGGCGAUAUUUCCGAAAAGAUUGGUGACGAGCUACGAAGCGUGGCCGUCAAGGUCAGAGCUGUGCGCCCGGCUGCUCUCAUGGCCUCCGAGUUGAUAUUAAAGCACUUCAGCCAAGAAUCAUCCGCCACAAAUCCAAUUACAUCUGGAGCAAUCAGGCCUGUGUCUUGGGUUGUUGGAGAGUAUGCCGACCAACUGUCAUCACCCGAGGAUACCUUGAGCUAUUUGCUACAGCUCAUUCCGCAAGCAAAAUACCCCGACGUGAUCACAUCAUGUUUGCAGGCCAUCAUCAAAAUAUUUUCCCUGAUCGCUGGAAGUGAUUUGGGGGUGUGGACAUCAGAGCGUAAAGCUAGAGUUUCGCUGCUGCUGGCCCGGGUGAUACAUGUUUUCGAGCCUCUUGCAUCACAUCCUAACUUAGAAGUUCAAGAACGGGCCGUAGAGUUCACAGAGCUUCUGAAACUCACCGCUGAAGCGGUAUCGGGCCAACCCGCAUCCAAUGACGAGCUCCAACAGGACGCUCCCUUACUUCUAACUCAGGCUAUUCCAUCGCUGUUCACCGGAUGGGAGCUAAAUUCCGUAGCUCAAGGCGCCCAGAAGAAUGUUCCGCUUCCUGAUGGGUUGGACUUAGACGAGCCCAUACAUCCAAACCUUACUAACCUCCUAUCUGAAGCAAAUGCGCUGACUCUUCCGGCUGAGGAUGAUGACGAAUUCGAGGUAUACUACCACCAAAAACCCCCCGCUGCAAGUAUUGCCUCCAACGAGCCAGCAAUCAAUCGCCUUGCAGAUGCACCCGAAGAAGUCACAAGCUCGUAUCAACAAGCUGGUGAAGAGAGCUAUCUUGAUCCAGAUAUUUUAGCAAGACGACGAGCAGAGCGAUUGGAGAGGAAUCGUGACGAUCCUUUUUAUAUUGGCGGCAGCGGCAGCGUGCCUGGCACCUCGACCCCUAUCCACAAUAUUCUACAGAACGAGAACGGGGAGAAUCUCGACAUUGACUCGAUUCCAAUCAUGCAGCUAGACUUGAACAACCUCUCUAAGAGUGUUGAUGAUACUGCUGCGAGAUCACGACAACCUGUGCCCAGACCUCGGCCACGGCAGAAAGUAAUCAUCGCGGCGGAUGAGAAUCUGGCGGGCAGUGGGCUCUCCACGCCGAGAAAUUAUGAAUCAGAGAACAACUCUGACAGUUUUUCUAAGUCGAGAGCCAAAAAGCUCAAGCAGUCAUUACUACAAGUCGACUCGAGUCACAUUGGGUCGCUGAGUCUCGAGGGGAACCAGUCUGAUGGCGGCUACGACUUUGAGCAACAGAAACGUGAGGAUGCAGAGAUGGCACAGGCAAUGAAGGAAGUCGAGAGGUUGAGGCUCGAGAUGCAGCGGGCCAGUCAAAGAAUACAGGUCGCACAAGGGGUGCCAGUGGAAGGUGCAGUGGUGAAGAAGAAGAAGACCAAGAAACCCAAGACGGAAGACGGCGAGGCCGUCGUGAAGAAGAAAAAGAAGAAGAAGCCGGUCACCAUAGACGAUGGAGAAGGUGCCAGCACUCCCUCGGUGGAGGGGGAGGGCGUAAAGCCUAAGAAGGAAAAGAAGGCAACGCCCCCUGUCGAAAUACAGGAAUCAGUGUAG